GCACUGGAGGAGAGAUUGCGUCUGCCUGUGACGUCACUCUGGACUCCUGCGCGCACGCCAGCGCGGCGCGAGCAGUCCACGCGGCGGUCGCGAGACGAACGAGCCACGCCCGCCGUGCGGGGAGCUGGGUUUUCCACGCGCGGCCGCGGGAACGCGAAGCUGGAAAGGAGGGGAGGGAGACGAGGGGAGGCGAGGCGAGGCGCGGCGGGACGGAAAAGAUAUUGCAACAACUGGCGAGCGAGCACCUGUCCUCCUCCGUCUCCCGCCGGCCCCGCGCGGCAGCUCGAGUGGACGCGCACAGCGCGGGACCGCGCCCGCACACACUCGCCCACACGGAGCACAGGAGGAGCGGACGAACAUGACUUCUUCUUACGGUCUGGAUUUUCUGCCCGAUCUGAUGGUGGAGAGCCGCCUGCUCGGCUCCGGCGACGCGAUUAACGGCACUGGCAGCAAAAUGAAUGGGGCGCUGGAGCACUCAGACCAGCCUGACCCCGAUGCCAUCAAGAUGUUCGUGGGCCAGAUUCCACGUUCCUGGUCUGAGAAGGAGCUGAAGGAGCUUUUUGAGCCCUACGGGGCUGUGUACCAGAUCAACAUACUCCGUGACCGGAGCCAGAAUCCACCACAGAGCAAAGGCUGCUGUUUUGUCACAUUUUACACGAGAAAGGCAGCCCUGGAGGCCCAAAAUGCACUGCACAACAUAAAGACCUUAUCUGGGAUGCAUCAUCCCAUUCAGAUGAAGCCGGCAGACAGCGAGAAGUCUAAUGCUGUGGAAGACAGAAAAUUGUUCAUUGGAAUGGUGUCAAAGAAGUGCAACGAGAAUGACAUCAGGGUGAUGUUCUCUGCGUUCGGGCAGAUCGAGGAGUGCCGGAUCCUCCGUGGGCCAGAUGGGCUAAGCAGAGGCUGUGCGUUUGUCACGUUUUCUACCAGGGCUAUGGCACAGAAUGCAAUCAAAGCCAUGCAUCAGUCACAGACCAUGGAGGGCUGCUCAUCGCCCAUCGUGGUGAAGUUCGCCGACACACAGAAAGACAAGGAGCAGCGGCGUCUGCAGCAGCAGCUCGCCCAGCAGAUGCAGCAGCUCAACAGCGCCACCACCUGGGGGAACCUGACAGGCCUAGGUGGCCUGACCCCCCAGUAUCUGGCACUGCUCCAACAAGCCACCUCCUCCAGUAACUUAGGAGCCUUCAGUGGCAUUCAGCAGAUGGCAGGUAUCAGUGCUCUGCAGUUGCAGAACCUGGCAGCCUUAGCAGCAGCUGCUGCGGCAGCCCAGAGCUCCGCCAGCCCCUCCAGUGCAAACCCCUUAUCCUCCAGCGGGGGUGCCCUUGGAGCGCUGGCCAGCCCAGCAGCCGGCACGACAGCCAACUCCAACGCAGGAGCAGCUAUGAACUCGCUGACCUCGCUGGGCACCCUGCAGGGGCUUGCUGGCGCCACAGUGGGGCUCAACAACAUUAAUGCACUAGCAGGUAGCGUCAACAGUAUGGCGGCCCUGAACGGGGGUCUGGGGGCCGCAGGGCUGGCCAACGGCUCGGCCGGCUCCAUGGACGCCCUGAGCCAGGCCUACUCAGGGAUCCAGCAGUACGCCGCCGCUGCCCUGCCCACGCUCUACAGUCAGUCCCUUCUGCAGCAGCAGGGUGCUGCUGGUAGCCAGAAGGAGGGUCCAGAGGGUGCCAACCUCUUCAUCUACCACCUGCCCCAGGAGUUUGGGGAUCAGGAUAUCCUCCAAAUGUUCAUGCCUUUCGGAAACGUGGUCUCCGCCAAAGUCUUCAUCGACAAACAGACCAAUCUGAGCAAGUGCUUUGGCUUCGUCAGCUAUGACAAUCCUGUGUCGGCACAGGCGGCCAUCCAGGCCAUGAAUGGCUUCCAGAUCGGCAUGAAGCGACUGAAGGUGCAGCUGAAGCGCUCCAAGAACGACAGCAAACCGUACUGAUGUUAGCGCUAGGGCCUUUGCCGCUCAUGUUAGCACUGCUAGGGUAAGUCCUCAACAAGCCAAGGCCGCCUCACUGGAGACUGGGGACUGGGGAUGGGUGGGUGGAGGGUUGGGGGGGUUGGGUGUUGUGUGACAAUGUUUCACCACCAGAGGGAGACACUGUCUCAUUUACUUCUGAGCAGUGAUUAGGAUUAAUACGAUUUCCUUAAUUUUUUCACGACCGCUUCCAUUCCCACCAUUCUUUCUAUUUUUUCAUGCGGCUUGCAACAGAUGAGUAAUGGUAGCCUUCGAGUUGUCUGAACAGUACAGUUUUUUGUUUGUUUUUGUUUUUUUGUUUUUUUUGUUUUUUUACUUGCUGUUAACAUUUUGUUGCACAAGAGGAACAAAAAACUACAAUGCAAUGUUUAUCUCCAUGAACCUGACACCUGAAGAACAUGUCUUAAAAUGGCUCAGAUGGAGAGAUGCACUUUAACCCUGACGCUCUGGAGACAGUCUAGGACUUCCACUGCUUCUCUGAGCCCCUCUCUCCCUUCUACUGGCCCCAGGGAGUGAAGGGUUAAAACUGCACUCAUCUGUCCAAAGUCGAUGGCAGCAAAAGCCCAAAUAUGUAACCCUGCAGAUGUGCCAACCAUGAAGUUAUUUGUGUUAGGACUAUUUUUAUUUUACAAAUUUGAAAACUAUUCAUUACUUGGUCAGAUCACAUUGGUCUUUGUUGGAAUGCGAUAUUGUGUAGGACAUAAAACAAUACAUUUUAAAUCCGUCUAAUGUUACAAAAAUAGUGUUAUUGGGGGGGAAACUGAAAAUACUUGAUGCUUCUUGAAGGAUAAAAUUACAGUACAGAAAGCCACAGGCCUGUAAAUUUUAUUUGUAAAAAAAGCAGUUCUAUUUUUAUACAAAAAAAUUUUUACUGCCUCAGAAAACGGACUUUAUUUAUUGCCUGUUAAUUUAUUGGGUACCUAUAGAGCAGAUCUCACUGGCUUAGAUAGAAACUCGUGAAGUAGUCUUCUAGAAGUCGGAAGUGUCUCGUGCCAGCAGGACGUGCGACCCUUUCCCCUGCUCUCUACCCCGGCGCUCCAGAGCUGCACAAAGCCUCGCUUCUUACUUCUGUCCCUGUCGCGUUCUCCUGUGCCGCUUUGUGUGCGUUUCUGCUCUCUCCAUCAGUAGCGACUCUUCAGCCGCACAGCCUUCCAUCGCCCCCUUCCGUCCGUCCGUCCGUUUGUCGCUCCACGAUCUCACUGGUUUUCUGCCAAAAUGCCAUCCAUCUCGCUGCCUUCCCACAGAGGCUCCUUUCCGAUGGAUUGCUUUGGGUGCUGUGCGUGGCGUAGCGUGGCGUUGCGUGCGUGUUGUAUGUACUACACGGCGUGUGCUUUUUUUCCCAUUUUUUCCUCUCCAGAUGUUUACGUGUGUUUUUAAAUGCAAAUUCUAAUGUGAAUCCUAGCUCCCGUUAUAACCUGGUGAUUUGCAUUGUUGUUCCUGUUGUUGUUGUUUGUACUUGUUGGUGGUGGUGGUGGUGGUGGUAGUGUUGUUCUUGUUGGUGUUGUUUCUUGUGCCCAUGGUUGAAAUGAUUCUUCAGCAGCUCCGGACCCCUAUGUGUAACUCUCUCCUCUCCCCUGUUUUCUCCCCUAGAACAUCUCCAUGCCUGUUAGCUCAUCGUUUGCCUAGCAUGUCUCCGUGGCGUCAAAAACAAACCCCCAAAAACGUCUCAUCGUCCCGUUAUUGUUUCUGGUGUCUUUCUGAGCUCACCUGAUCAUAACCUGGUCCUCUCCUACUGACGUUUGAACCUAGCUUGACCUUUUUGGAAUUUUUUGCAUGUGACCUCGUUUUGAGCUUUUGAAUUUUGGAAAGGGGGAGGGGGUGGGCAGGAAAUUAAAAAAUAAUAAUCAAUUUAAUGUGAAAGCUUUGCAGUAUUCAUACAUAAGACUGAAAUCUUUUAGAAAGAAAACCAGAAAAAAAUAGAUUUAAAAUGAAAACCU